CCCGGUAUUUUUCUGAUUGUGUUGUGCCUUUGUGUACCUUAUUGGAAUGUGAUAGGGUUCGUCGAUGGUCAGUGAGUGUGUUGUGACAGUGCUGGGAUGACGGAGUAUGCUGGCUGUGCGCAAUGCCGAGUACCUGGGUUCAUUCCCGGCGUGCGGCGGCGAGCGCGCGCUCUCCGACCAGCUGUUGCUCAUAAAGGAUAGCGAAUGUGCGGUACCGGUCCUAAUCGUGGUCGCGCCAUCGGGGGUCAAAGUAUGCGACCCCGAAGAUCAGAGUGUGCGCAUGUAUCACGCACUGCGCCGCAUCUCGUUCGCGACGUGUGAGAGCGCGCGCUCGCUGUUCGCGUUCGUGGCGCGCGAGCGCGCCGAACCGCGCGCCGGACCGUUCGGCGAACACGCCGAGCCCGCGCCGAGGCACUACUGCCACGCAUUCAGGACUGAGACGCCCGAAAAGGCAGAAGAACUGAAUUCGCUGGUGGGAGAUGCGUUCCGAAUGGCGUUCGCGUCGCAGCUCCAGCCCUCCGCGCCGCUUUGGAGCGCGGAGCUGAGCGGCGGCGAGUGCGUACGCGCACCUGACUCGCUGCCCGGCCUCACACACCUCUACCCGCGCUCCAGAGACAGAUCACCAUCGAAAUGCGGCAUAAUGGGCAUGCAGCACGAAGCCAGCCCCACCAGCUCGGAGGAGUCCAACUCCCCCACGGAGAUCAACUGCUACCGGCGGCUGGGGGAGCGCGCGCCGCUCAUGAAGAGACUCAUGGGGCUGAGCGGAGCGCUGCUGCAGCCGUCGGAUGAUGACUCCACUCCGCUAGUUGCUGACACUCCUACCACCCCAACCAACCUGCCGCUAUGCAUGAACGGCUACGUGAACGAGGCCUCCGAGGCCGAGGCCCGGAGCCGCGACACUCGCGAGUCCAACCGGGAGCUCACGUCAAGACAUGAUAGCUUGCAGAACCUUGAGCAGUUUACCAAGACUAAUCAUAUCAAGAACGGGAGCGGAUCAGCAGGUUGCAGCGCAGCGACGUCAUCAUCAUCAGGAGCGUCGUCAUGCGGUGGGUCACAUGGAUCCGGGAACAACAACGUGCCGAGAGCGGAGCCCGAGUUACGACAUGCGCCGUGGUUCCAAGCAGGGAUCCCUAGAGAGAUAGCAUUAGAAAUACUAAGCAACCAGCCAGUCGGCGCGUUUAUGGUACGCUGUAGCACCACGCAGACCGGCUGCUUCGCGCUCUCCGUUCGAGUUCCUCGUGACUUUCAACCCUCAGGCAUCGCGCACUACCUCAUCCUUAGGACACCUAAAGGAUACAAGAUCAAGGGCUUCACAAAAGAGUUCACCUCCCUAUCAGCCCUCGUGACGCACCACAGCGUGAUGCCGGAGCUGCUGCCGUGCCCGCUGCGCCUCGCGCGCCGCGCCGCGCCGCCGCGCGCGCCGCGCGACCUCGACGAGCCCCCGCCUCCCCCGCCGCCGCACACGCCCAGACAUCUACCCUUCCGGCCGCAGCUCGAUGUAUAGCACACUGCUGGUGCUGACCUAGCGAACACGCUGGAGUAUCUAUAGAGGUGUGAUCUACAGUCAAACUUUGAUGGACUUAAUAGAACUGAAGAUGAUUUAAACCGAUCAUUUUACACGCCACGUGGAGUCAGUUGUGGCUUCGUUGCGUGCGAAUGAGGGCUAUCGCGUAUGAAUUCGCCGCUAGGGGCGCUAGUGUAGAUGGUGGUCUUUUCCAUAGUUCGAAAUGUCAAAUGUCAUUUGUCACUUCAAUGACUGACAGCUGUUCUAUAGUCUUUUGGACCAUCAUCAACAGAGGCGCCAACUGGUGAGCAAAAAAACGAUAGCCCUCAUUGAUUGUGAGGACAAUAUGGAUAUAUGUAGUGGUUGAGGGUACCGAAGGAUUGGAGCGAUAGUCAGUUCGUCGAGUGAAAUAUUUGAUCUCCAGCAUCUCGAAUGUUUUUAAAUUUCAUAUGUAGCAGCUUGUGCACGUCGCUUCACGUUAAAGACAUUAGUAUGGUGCGUACGUGAGUGAAUGGAAAUAAAGUCCCUACAAUCGUUUUAUUUUGUUAUGUGGAAAUAGACUCAUGUGAAUCAUCACAAAAAUCAUCAGAUUUUGAUCAAGUAGCCAGUUGACUAUGGUAUGAAUUUGUAUUUUUAACCUAGAAUGUUUAAAAAAAAUCCUGUAUUAAAGAAAAAAACCGGUCAAGUGCGAGUCGGACUCGCCCACCGAGGGUUCUUUUUAAUAUUCGUUGUUAUAGCGGUAACAGAAAUACAUCAUCUGUGAAAAUUUCAACUGUCUAGCUAUCACGGUUCAUGAGAUACAGCCUGCUGACAGACAGACGGACAGCCGAGUCUUAGUAAUAGGGUCCCGUUUUUGCCCUUUGGGUACGGAACCCUAAAAAGGAAUACAAAUUGAUAGCUUCUCAGCUACAAUUUGUAUAGGAACUGUUCAUCUGUGUCAAGCUUAAGCGACGGACAUAUUUAAUUAGUAAUUUUUAAGUCAUUAACUUAUAACAAUGGUGAGCUCUUGAGAAGUUGCAAUAAUUUCUAUUGUAUGUGUUAACGAAUGAAGGCACUCUUUAUACAGUUUAUACGAUUACUACCUUAUACACAUUUACAUUGAAUUAUUUUAAAUACUUAAUUGAGUCAAUGAUCAAUAUCAUUAGUUAAUAAAUAUAUAUAUUUUAAAACUUUUUUAGUUAUUCUAUUCCAGAUUUCAAUUUUAAUAGCAGUGAAUUUAGCUUGGUGAACAAAAAAAGGUAUUUUAAUAUUUAAUUCAAAGGUUUAAUUUAAAGCCAUCUCUAAAUAUUUAUACAGUUGAAUAAUGUAUAAACAUAAUAAACAAUGCCUCUCGUAAACUAACGUACUUUUAAUAAAAAAUAAUGUGAUAAAUACGUCAUGUAUGUGUAAAAUAUGUAAAAUAUUGUGUAUAUGGAGUGUAACUAUAGUAUCAUGUGUCAUAUCUAAUAGACAUAAUAUAGAAAGGAAUUGAGUUUGCUUUUAUAAUUUUGUAAUAUCCUAGAUAUCUAGUCUUAACGUGUAUAGCCACUGGUUUAACGACUCACGCCUUUAUCAAAGUAUAACACAUGUAAUUUGUAAAAUAUAGAAUAUUAUAUUUGUCGAAAUGAAUAAUCGGUUGAAGAAUAAAAUAACGCUGUAUGUAACAAAAGUUUUACCAUUUAUACUUAGAUUACAGAUUUGUCAAAAGAUGGCGCCACUUAAACAUAAUAUAGUACCUCUAUGUAUGUUUGGCAUGCCCAACAGUUUAAACCCGUGUGCCCAUUGGUUAGAACAACCUUUUUUGACACACUAGCUCGCAAUGUAGAACUAAUUGAACCGCUUUUAUGAUUAUAAUCCUAGAUAUUAAACCCGCGUUUUUUUUCUUCAUUAUACAUGAUUAUUGAACUUGCACAAGUUUCGAACUAGUGCGGUAAUGUACAUUGACACUUUUUUUUAUUAAGUUUUUAUUAACUGUUUUAACAAUUAAAAUAUGAUUAAAAUUUAAGUUUUGUUUUUCCUCGCAAGUGUGUUGAAAAACUUCGUAAAAAACACGUGUGCUUUGGUCAUUAGUCAUUACACAUAUCUGCUUUAUAUUUGCGCGUUCCACAAUAUCACCUCGACCAAAUGAUCAACAUCAGGUACUAAUAUCGAAUGAGGUAUAACACUGAUUUAAAUUUAUAAAAUAUUUGAUGAAACUUUUGUGAUAUACCGAUUUAAAUAUGUAUUUGUAACAAGAUGCCUUUUAGUGAGUACCUUUUAUCUAAACAUGGCUUGGCGUAAGUGACAUUCGGAUCUAAAAAUGAAUAAGCAACAUUAUAAUUUUUACUUUUAAUAAUAUAUCAAUCAUGGAUUCACAAUCUACAUGAAACUACUGUUAUUAAAAUUUUAAAACGAGAAAAUAUGUCGAAUUGUAUUUGCCUACACGCCAAAUUACCAAACGAACUUUUGUCAGUUUUUCAAGGCAACGUUUUUUACAAUAUACGUAUUUUUUUUAAAAUUAGUUGAACUGUAGAUUCGUCUGUCACGCUAUUAAUUGUUACACUGCCUUAAGAACGCGUUGUAUAUGAAUAUGAGUAUAUAUGACGUUAUCAACUAUAUGUAGAUCAUAAUAUAGUGUCUGUUGAUGUUUGUCAUAUUUAUUAUCAACUACAUUAACGUACGUAUUUAUUGAAGUACUGACAACUUAUUGACAGUCUAUUUUAUCUGUAUAGUAAUGCCAAUGUGGGAAGACCGGCCAUAAACUCUUUCAUUCAUCACAUUCAUUCAUGAUUCAUUCCAUUCCAUUCAUGUCGUUUUUAACUCUUACGUGUAAUCUUUAUACUCCACUUACAGAUGGUCAGUAGAGCAGAAGUGAAGCUUUUCCUUUCUGACGAUGUCUGAGCGACGUACGGAAUUUGCGUGCGGACAGUAUACGUACGUAUACCGUCCGCACGCAAAUUCCGUGCAUUCGGAGGUCGAGGAAGUGGGGGGGUGUGCGCCGCGCCCGUACACAAAAUGACACCACUCGGUCAUGACACCCAACAUUCCUAACAUUCCUCAGUCGUGCACGGAAUUCGCGCGCGGACAGGACAAAUACAAGUUCUUGCCCUAUGACGAUCUUCCUUGCAAUAAAUUGUAUAUGCCGAUCUUCUCCACAUUGACCUUAUUUGAUUUAAAUAUAUCCUUAAGUUGCAGUUUAUUUAUUACAACCCGUUAAAAUAGGAAGAAGUAAAUUAAUAAAGAGUUCUCCGCACAAAGUACAGUCGCGAACCAUAGGUUGUGCCUAGAUGGCACUUUGCCACCUAAAAAUAAUUUAUCCGCUCCGUGACGUGUUUUUGUACUGAACAUCUGGCCACUAAAUGUACUUAUCAAUAUAAAAAAGCGAACAGUAGUCUUAGCAUAUCCGUGCUUAGAUUUUUUAUUCUCCCUUUUGUCCUGAGUCGUGACUCGUGACAUACCUCACGGUGUAUCUAACAAUUUAUUCAUUUACUUCUGCCUGCUUUAAAGUAGUAAAUAAAUAAAACAUGUGAAAUGGUCUUAUUUUUAUUGUAUUUUUUUUAAUUGUAUAACUGAAAAACUUAAAUAAAAAAAAAAACAUUCAUUAAAACUUAAUAAAUAUGCAAAAAUUACUUUUGGUACGUACGCUAUUUAAAAACGACAAUUGGCACUGGAAAAAUCAAUUACAAUGUUGUAUAUUUUUAUUUGUCCAUUUUGUAUCACUUUGUAAUAUUAGCAUCGACCUAAAACAAUUAAUUUAUUCAC